AUGGGCACGCCAUUGAAGGAUCGCGAGACUUUCCUCAGUCAGGGCAUCGAGAACAAUAUGACGUGCUUCAUCUGCGACCGUUUCCUCACAGGUGAAGACCGCACACGACCUUCUUACUGCUUUCGGAUCGCUGAUGAGUUUUUCACAGACCAAGAUACAACCAGCCGCAUACUCACCACCUUGCACAACUGUCAUGGAGUCUACUGCGGGCCGUGUCUCGUUGAACACUUGAAAUACAACAAUACUUGUCCGGUCCACACGCAUGUGAUCCUCUUCGAGCUCCCUCGCCGGCCUGAGUUCGUAUCUGGAGAGCGCAGUGUCCCCGAUACCAUCGACGGGAUCACAGACGAAAUCGAAGCUGAAAAAUUCGUCAGCAAGUUAGUCUCCGCCACCAAACAACUUUACGACUACGAGCAGAUUUUCGACUCCGACAUCAAAGAGAAGAUCAAAGAAGUUCUAGAUGUCAUCGCCGAAUGCUUCAAUCACAAGGAUGGCUUGAUAAUCAAGGACGAGCAUAUGGCUGGUGUCAUGGACGUCGCUAGAGAAAUUGUCAAGAUGCACUUCAAGAAUCGGGAGUCGGCUUCUGGAUUCUGGGAUGAACCAUUGGAUGUCUGGGUACAGAGACUUGGCGCGGCAGUAGGAUGGAAAUAUCCGAUCGUACAUUAUAACAACUGGUAG